AUGAGUGCGCAGGUACUUGAUUCUGACCUGUUUACUUCUCCAACUUGACUUUCAGAUGCCCGGUAACAUGCUGAUCAACGGAAUGCUUCUCAGCCUCUAUCGUACUUUCCCCGGCGUUGUCUUCUCUCAUUUCGUGAAUCAGUCAUUCAACGCCGUUGUCAACUACACUAACAGGAGCGGAAGCAGCAAAGCGAGCAACGAACGGCUCCUUCUCUCGUAUUGUUGUGCAACCGGAGGAGCCAUGACCGGCGCGUUGGCACUCAAUAUGAUGGUCAAGGUUGAGAAGGAACUUUGUGAUUCUAGAGUUAAUGGGAUUGCAGAAUAGGAACAGCGUGGCCGCCCGUCUUGUUCCGUUCGCCGCCGUCGCCCUGGCCAACGUGAUAAACAUCCCAAUGAUCAGGAGCAAGUGAGUGGAUGGAAACUGUUCACAAAGUUCACAAUAGUUUCAGUGAAUUGGCAGAAGGAGUGGAGCUGCGAGAUGAAAACGGAGAGCUCGUCGGAAGGUCUCGUCAGAUGGCGAUUCUCUCGAUCGCCCAGGUAACUUUGUGCCGCAUCGGAAUGGCUAUGCCAGAUAUGGGUAUUCCGUAUUCAGAUUACACUCUAUGACCUCUUCUGAGUAUUUUCAGUGACGACACCGAUCAUCAUGAACCGAAUCACGCGGACAAUGUUCUACCGAAGCCGUCCGUGGAUGCAGAAGUACUCGGAGUAUCCGAUCCAGACGAUGCUCGCCGGAAUGGCUCUUUUCAUGACGACUCCGAUGUGCUGUGCCAUAUUCCCCCAGAAGACUGCCGUCGAGGUGACCAACCUGGAAACUUGUGUUCAGAAAGAGAUAUUCUCACGGGCCGAUGCUCCGGAAGUGGUAUUCUAUAACAAAGGAUUGUGA